UUUCUGGACGCGUGGAAUCAGACGCAUUCAAUGAGCGACGCGCCGCGGAUCAUCACUGAAUGCAAACGCUGACGCGGCGAUGGGCUCAGAAUCUCUCCACGACUGUCUGCGCGGACGGUGUCUGGGUGUCCUCCGACGGAUGGAGGUCAGCGGCCGCUUCCGCUAUUACUUCCAGCACCCCUGGUCUCGUCUGGUGGUGGCCUACCUGGUCACCUUCUUCAACUUCCUGAUCUUCGCCGAGGACCCGGUGUCGCACAGCCAGACGCAAGCGCACAUGAUCGUGGUGGGAAACUGCUUCUCGUUCGUGGUGAAUAAAUAUCCCGGAGGAGGAUGGGACGUCCUCAAGGUCCUGAUGUGGAUCCUCGCCAUCAUCACGGGCCUCAUCGCCGGGAAGUUCCUGUUCCAUCGGCGCUUGUUCGGUCGUCUCCUGCGUCUGAAGAUGUUUCGUGAGGACCACGGCUCUUGGAUGACCAUGUUUUUCAGCACGAUUCUCUCGCUCUUCAUCUUCUCUCACAUCUAUAACCUCAUUCUGCUCAUGAGCGGACGGAUGGGGCCUCACAUGGUGACGGAGUACAUGGGCAUCAGGAACGAGAGCUUCAUGAAGAUGGCUGCAGUAGGAACGUGGAUGGGAGACUUUGUGACGGCGUGGAUGGUGAGACUCAAACCACAACCUGUUUUGCUGCUGUGUGUGUUUGUCAGGACGGUGCUGUUCUCUCUGACCUCUGUGGUGGUUCUGGUCAUCAGUACGGACUGGAUCAGGUGGGAUAACCUGAACCGCGGCUUCUUGCCGAGCGACGAGGUCUCCAGAGCAUUCCUGGCCUCCUUCAUCCUGGUCUUUGACCUCCUCAUCAUCAUGCAGGACUGGGAGUUUCCUCACUUCAUGGGCGAUCUGGACAUGAACCUCCCGGGUCUUUCCACCACGCAGCUGAAGAUCAAACUGCCCGUCUGCAAGCGCAUCUUUAAGGAUGAGUACCACAUCCACAUCACGGGGAAAUGGUUUAAUUACGGAAUUAUCUUCCUGGUCCUCAUCCUGGACCUCAACAUGUGGAAGAACCAGAUCUUCUACAAGCCCUAUGAAUACGGUCAAUACGUAGGUCCAGGAGAGAAGAUCUACACUGUGGAGGAUCCAGAAACGCUGCGCGACUUCAACCGCAGCACACUGACCUGGGAGUGGCGCUCCACCAACAUCGACCCGCGCACCAACCAGACGUACGUCCAGAGAGACAUGUUCCUUCACAGCCGCUACGUGGGCGCCAGUCUGGAUGUCAAAUGCCUGGCGUUCAUCCCGAGUCUGGCGGCCUUCGUGCUCUGCGGGUUCUUCAUUUGGCUGUUCGGACGCUUCCAAGACAGCGAGACGUUCCCUGAGAAUCAAGACAAGAGCUACGAGCGCAUCAAGCGCAAGUCGCCGUCUGAUCUGGGAGUCACGCCGGAGGAAGUGCACAUCACCAUGAGCGAGGCCUUGAAGAGGAGCGGGACGCCCAUGCUGCUUCUGGUGGACACUCAUCAUUUCGGGUCGUCAAACAACUCCAUGUCGCCGUGUUCGAACGAAACCCAGGAGACCCAACCCAGUGUAGCCGUUGACAACAACGCCCAUGAGGACACAGCUGAUGUCAAAAAACUGACCCCAUGACCGUAACCAAAGGUCAAAUCGGCUUUCUGAGAUCCUCAGCGUUGUUUGAUGUCCAACAGACUUGGUGUUCAAAGUCCUCGGGAAAACUAUCACAGACUCUACCUUGAAAUUUGUAUUUUUAUAUCAAGCGAUCUUGCACUGCGCACCAACUUUCUGAACUUUUUCCACAUUUUCAAGGACAUUGGUCUUUGCUGCUGGAUGUUUGACUUUUCUAUCUCUUUUUUUAUGUAGAUACUUUUGUGCCUACAUGGAUGAAAUGUUGUCCUCACAGUGAACGCAUGGCAUGAUGGUCAUGAAAAUACUUGUAAUGAACACCUAAAUCUGUGCCUUCAUUA